GCAAGAAUGUAGAUGGAGUGGAUACUACUAGUGUUCUUACUAUAAAUGAUGCUGGUUCAGCGCAGUGUAUGUCAGGAUACACCCAGAGAGAUCCCAAACCUGCAUAUUGCCAGAACGGAAGCUGGGUUAAUUUCCCUAUCUGCAAACCCAACCAACCUGCAGCAACUUAUACUUCAGAUUGCAAACCUGCUGGAAAUAUUGCAAAUCGGUAUGUUAAGGUUAAUAGUGAUGGCUCAGUUCUUUGCAAACCAGGUCACAGGACUAUAGAUUAUGGGACCCCGUUUUGCAACCAUGCGGCAGGCAGUCUGUGGUGGAAUAUUGACAAAUGUGUUCCAACAAUCAGCUGGGUUCGUGAAUCUGUGUAUGCAAUUGACACGGCAAGGCCAGGUUUGGCAUCCCAUGACGAUGCUAGAAGUGACUGUGCACAAGUAAAUGGAAGACUACCUGCAACAAUCAAUGAUGUGCUGAUUGCACCCCAUGUAUUUGAGUGGGGACUAAAUUGGGGCGCAUUUGGAGAAAAUCGAAUCUUCACCAGGGCUGGAGGAAGACCUCACGCUGGAUCAACAGAGGCAAAUCUCGAAAAGGCGAGAUUGAAAUAUUUCUGCAUUGUCGACUGCAGUGUUGACCAAUCACAGCUUACUCUCCCAGGGUACGUUUCCAUUGACAACAAGACACUGAAUGUUGUCUGUCAGACUGGUUACCAUGUCCACAUUCUGAAGAACGACCUGGCCUGUGGAACAGAUGGCUUCUGGAAGAACCUACCAUCUUGCGUCCGAAACAACGUGUAGGAGGCAUCGGACUGGUUUUUCCGCAAAGUCAAUGAGGAAUCCCAAUGUGGAUCUGUGUUCAUUCCGUGGGAGAGUGUUCCCGAACUGUCUGAGUGUGCUUUGUGGAAAGAUAAAUAUGCUAUUGUCCAUCGUUUCUUUAUCCGAUAUUUACAGUCUGAUCGCAUCCUAUCUCAUGUUUCUCUAUCUAAUGCAUGUCCUGUUUUUUCUUUCUUUCCUGGUUGCUGAUGACGGGGUGCAAUGCUUCUGCAGCUAACUGUCACCUUCACCAGGCGUGUAUGCAGAG